AUGGGAAAGAAGAUAGUGAUUACUGAAGAUCACAUUGCAAGGCUGAUUGGAUACAAUGGUGGUGGUAUCCGCUGUAUUGACAUGGCAGAUAGAUGUGCAAACUCUGCCCUAGUUGUAAGAGAGAUUUUUACACAUGGGGUUCCCAACAGCAAAAUCAGAGAUUUGAAAGAUCAACACAGAAUUUGGGCAAAGAUUAUUCUGGGCUGCUUCAACCACAGGAAGCCUACAAGCUCUCCUGACUAUAUAAAUAUAGAUCAACAAUUUCUGAUUUAUUUUAUUGCAAAGAAGUCCAAGAUAAACCUAGCUCAUCUUCUGUUCCAUCAUCUGAAGACAAGCGUCAAGGAAACGAGAGAAGAAGAAAAGACUAAAAGGGAUUGGAUACCCUUCGGAAGAUUGAUAUCAGAUAUUCUAACGGAGAAUAGGCUGAUUGAACACUUGACAGAGGCACAGGAAAUAAGCUCUCUAGAACCUUCUGUUGGCAAGCAGCUGAAUGCCAAGAAUCUGAAAAAGAUGAAGCUGAUAGAGAAUAUAAGGAAGGAGCCCAGCGUCACUCCUCAUGCUGAAAUCACCAGCAGAAGAGUCCCUCUGGACAACUUUCCUAUGUUCUCUGAGAUUGACUCUAAACUAGUCAUUGUUCUCAGAUACUUGGAUGCUUGUAAAGCUGAUGGCACAGAUCCUGAUCUAAACAUUAAAGAUCUGCACCAGCAAACACCAGAGGUUACUCUGAAGAAGACUAAGAAGAGAAAGGUUGUAUCAGAAGGAUCGUCUCAGCAGACCCCGAAGAAGAGAGGUAUUCUGUCUUCUGUUAAUGUUUUAAAUUCAUCUGCUGUUCCAACAUUUAUUCCAACCCCAGCUUCAUUUGAAAUCCCAAUUCCAACCAUUGAUGAUACUGAACCAGAGUUUGACCCUUCUGAGUCAUUGACCCUCAGAAGAUCCCGUGCCAAACCUCAUAAUCCAAAACCUACAACCUCAACAGAACCAGAACUUGAAAAAGUUCCUUCUGAAAAAGAUCAACACUCUUCCGCUCCCCAUACAGAAAAUCAAAAUCCACAACCAGAAACUCCCCUAUCACCACAACCAGAAACUACACACUCAUCAGAACCAGAAACUCCACAACCUCCAUCUCCACAACCAGAACUUAAUCCACCUUCACCUCCACACGAAUCAUCUCCACAACCUGAGUUUCAACACUCUGAGGCUCAAACCCCUGAACCUCAAUCAUCUGAAUCCUCUGAACCACAACCCUUAGCCAUACAAUUUCCUGGUGGUACCACUGUUAAUAUCCCUCAACUACCAUCCUCACCAGAAAUUACUCCACCUAAUUCCCCAUCCAGUCCAAUAAUCAUUCCUGAUUCUCCUACUCCCUCACCCAAGCAAAAUCCAGAUAACCACAACAAGACCUUCAUUGAUCUAACAGUCCUUGAACGCCUUGCUGACAUUAAAAAUAAAACUGCCAUUCCCAAACCCAAACAACCAGAUGUUGGUUCUAGCAUCUUGAAUUUUGAAACAGAUAUGCAGAAGUGGAUUUCUUCUCUAAAACAGGCUAGUCUGGAAGUGAUUGAUCCUGCUGUUUCAGACCACCUCUGA